GCCAUUUUAGUAAAACCAGAACCCGAGAUGCAUUUCUAUAAAGACUCCCCACAUCAAGGAUCUUUAACAUGUUGGCACCCCAGCAUUCGGUUCUGGUUUUAAGCUGAGUCAGUGAGUCACGCAUGGAGCCAAAAACUGAAACAACCAUUGUGCAGUAGAGCCUCAAAUGAAGCUCAGUAAUGGCGCUAAUGGCAACCAGAACAAAGCUCUUUAGGCUGCUGACGACUCUCACUACGAAAGCACCAAUUUUGGGAUCUGGGUCUUGCUCCAAUGGCGUUAAGGGACCGGUUAGGGUCGACCGGGGCGGUGGGCUCGGGUUGACGGCCUAUUCGACCUCUGCUGUGGCACAGCAAGAGCCAGGGGUCGUUGGGUCGAGGCACAUGGGGUUGGAGAUAUUGGGUGUGAAAGAUUAUGAAGAUUAUAGGAGGUCUCUUUAUGGUGAAAUCACCCACAAGGCUCUGCUUGUUGAUGCUGUUGGCACCCUUGUUGUUCCUUCCCAGCCAAUGGCUCAGAUAUAUAGGAAGAUAGGCGAGAAGUAUGGAGUGGAGUACUCAGAGGCUGAGAUUUUGAACAGAUACAGAAGGGCUUACGGGCAGCCUUGGGGUAGAUCUCGUCUCAGAUAUGUAAAUGAUGGGAGACCCUUCUGGCAAUAUAUAGUCAGUUCUUCCACUGGCUGUUCAGAUUCCCAGUACUUUGAAGAACUUUAUAACUACUAUACAACUAACAAGGCUUGGCACCUCUGUGAUCCUGAUGCUGGGAAAGUGUUUCAAGCUCUGAGAAAAGCAGGUGUCAAAGUAGCUGUUGUGUCAAAUUUUGAUACUCGAUUAAGACCUCUUUUGCAGGCUCUAAAUUGUGAACAUUGGUUUGAUGCGGUAGCAGUGUCAGCCGAAGUUGAAGCAGAGAAGCCAAAUCCAACAAUAUUUCUUAAAGCUUGUGAAUUAUUAGGAGUAAAACCUGAGGAUGCGGUGCAUGUGGGAGAUGAUCGUAGGAAUGAUAUAUGGGGUGCCAGAGAUGCAGGCUGUGAUGCUUGGCUUUGGGGAAGUGAUGUUCACUCCUUUAAGGAGGUGGCUCAGAGGGUAGGGGUCCAAGUUUAAAAUGAUGUCUCAUGCAACAUGAAUGAUGCUCUCCCUGUACAGGUUUCUUUAGCUCCAAUGGGGGCGUUAUGUAUAUUUGUGCUUUGCUGUAAUCUGUAUAAGACGUGAGGCUAGAACGCUAACUUGAAGCAUAAAGAGAAAAUAAUGUAAGACAUCUAUGUC